GUCGAGGCGGUGGCGCCGACAGUAACAGCGCUCAGCUCUAGCGCGGAAGCUUGCAUUGUCGGAGAAGGAACCACGCCAAUACCCGCUCGUCUGGUUUGACUAAUCCAGGCACAGGAGUACGUGGACUUUGCGGAGCUUCUUCCAGAAAACUUGGAGCUACUGCGGCGCAUGCAAGCUACAGCGGAACCAGCCAAUCGUCGUCGCCUGCGUCAGAUCACGACACUGCCUACGUGGGUGCAGUGUUUUGCUACGUACGCCGGGAUUCUUCUGCGGAAGCACCCUGCCCGGGCGCAGGAAGUGAUGGCGUACUUGCGGCUUGUAGCGCACGAAGCGCAGUGCCACAGCGGGACAGGCUGGCCGUUAUAUGACGCGCGCUUUCGGCAGUUGGCGGCUUCCAACCGCAGUCUUUCUUGGAGCCAGCUGCACGCGCCUCUCUUUGCUGCGACAAUCUUGGCAAUGGACCAAGCGCCAACGGCGAGGUGUUUUCACUGCCUAGAAGCGGAUCAUGCUCCCGGUUCUUGCGCGUUAGAACCGAACGACGCUCCACCGCAAAUUCUGCGUGAAGCCGGACCAGCCUCGAGAACGCUGUCGGGAGGCGGAUCAAGAUACCGACGUGACAGGCCAUGGGAUGGUCCAAAGCCAAUCUGCCGUAAUUAUAAUUUUAGCAGUUGUGCCGGCUAUCCCGACUGCACGUUUCAGCAUAUUUGCUUGCGCUGUCGAAGCAACCACAGGAUGCGCGAGUGCCCAGAGCAACGCACAGCUACACCGACAGCCUCUGGAAAGCCAGCAGCGUCCAGCAGAGGACAGGACAGCGGAAGGCAAUAAGCCAACAAUAUAUUGUGGCGCUUAGUAUUUGCGCUUGUAAUUGCUGAUUGGAUUGCUUACUUGCAGGAUAUUGU